GAGAGAGAGGACGGCAGACAGGACGGGGACCGUAGAGACAUUCGGAGCGGGAGUUGUUUCGGGGAGAUGCUGUCCCCACCGAGGAGAUGGAUCAGGGACCAGCCUCUCAGCUCUGUAACCUCGUGUGUGAGGAGAGUGCUGUGCAGCAGGCGUCACUCUCUGUGGAUUCUACUCAUCCUGCUCGUGGUCUGCAUUGCCAUUCAGACCUUUGUCGCCCGCCAAGCCAGGAAUGACAAGCUGACAGGACUCCCACAUCUGAGAUUCACUGUUAGUAAACAGCACCUGUUUCCUACUCUGCAAAAUGUCUGGGACGGCCUUCAGUCUGAGACUGCACUGGCAGUGAAUCAGGAAUUGACUCUACAGACAGAAAGAGCUACAGAUCUUCAUCAUCAGAAUGAGGAAUAUGGAAAGCCAUCAAAUUAUAUCCUGUCGAGAUAUGUUGAUACAACCAUCAACCUUGCCACAGCCUCUCAGAUGAAGGCAGGAAAAGUUUCAGCUGGAAAGCUGCCUCUACCCAAACACGGAAACAAAGUGAGCCCUGGACUUCCAGGUUCUUUGGUCCUCCACAGCACUAGAAAAGGCAAAGACACCCACUCUCCACCCAGUUUAUUCAAGGCUCACAUCAGAAGUGAACACAAUAAAGCAACCUGCCAGCCAAAGUCUCACAUUGUAUUCCUCAAGACACACAAAACAGCAAGUAGCACCAUCCUAAACAUCCUGUAUCGCUAUGGUGAAAGCAGGAACUUGACCUUUGCCCUCCCCCUGAACAAACACAGCCAGUUGUUUUAUCCAUUCCCCUUUGCUUCACAUUUUGUGGAGGGCGUCAGCAGCAGAAGUGUGAGGGAGUUCCACAUUAUGUGCAACCACAUGAGGUUUAGAAAAGCUGAGGUAGCAAAGGUGAUGCCAGCGGACACCUUCUAUUUCUCCAUCCUGAGGCAUCCUGUGGCCAUGAUGGAGUCCAUUUACAUUUACUACAAGAGCAUCCCAGCCUUUCACAAGACUCACAGCCUGGACGACUUCCUGGACAACAGCUGGCAGAACUACAACUCAUCAGUGACCAACAACCACUACGCUCACAACAUUCUGUCUUUUGACUUCGGCUUUGACAACAACAUUAGAGCUGGUGCUGAAGACCUGGAGGAGAGAGCCAGUGUGGCCAUUGCAGCCAUUGAACGGGACUUCCACCUCAUUCUUAUUUCUGAAUACUUUGAUGAGUCUAUGGUCUUGCUUAAGCAUGCCCUCUGCUGGUCCCUGGAUGACGUGGUUUCCUUUAAGCUUAACAGUCGCAGCGAACGAACUCGUCACCCACUUUUACCUAGUACUGCAGAGAAAAUCAAGAGAUGGAAUGCUUUAGACUGGAGGAUUUACCUGCACUUUAACACCACCUUCUGGCACAAAGUGGAUAGUCUGGUUGGGCAAGAGCAGAUGAAGAGGGAAGUAUCUCAGUUGAGAAAGCUUCAGGCUAAGCUAGCAAUCAGCUGCCUGAAAGAUGGAGGGGCAGUCGACCCAUCCCAGAUAAAAGAUGCCGGGUUAAAGCCAUUCCAAUAUGGAGCGGCUGUGAUCCAGGGAUAUAACCUAAAUCCACACAUAGACAGACAAACCAAAACUAAAUGUCAGAGACUAAUAACUCCAGAACUGCAGUACACAGAUCGUCUGUAUACUCAGCAGUUCCCUGAGCUAGCCGCUAAGCAUAGACAAGCAAAUAGGAUGGUUGCUCUACAGCGUCAACACUCAGACAGAACAGGUGCAAUGGAAAAGGUCUGGGUGAGGGAAGCUCACCAGAGACAGAUCAUAAAACACAAAUUCCCAAAUCUCAAGAACGAAAAGGCCUCCGCAAGUGCCCUGUUAACACACACAGCAGCUGGAAACAAAACAAGAAUGCCAUGAGUGGCAACUGGAAUGAUGGCUUCGACUAAUGACAGGACUAUUCUGAUGUUAUGUACUGAUACAGGAAGCUGCUUUUCCAUUUAAUGCCUAGCCAUUAAUAAGCCCUAGAGGUGGCAGGGUCUGAAAGUGUUGGAUGGAACAUACUACAUACUAUUUUGCCAUUCUUAGAGCCUUACCAGAAGUGAAGCUAAACAUAUAAAGGUGUUCCCGAAGGUGGUGGUAGACAAGGGGGAAUUACCAACUGGGCGAAGCAGACAACUGCCCCAGGGCCCCAUACCUUCAGGUACCCCAGAGGUCCCCAAGUCCACUGUGUGGCAAUUAGUUUGUGAUAUCUGAUCACUUGCAAAUCUGUUUGGUAAUGCUCUUUUUAGUAAUAUACUAAAUUACAAUACAUGGUGAAGUUAUAAGGGUCUUAUUGUGCCUCCUGCAUUAUCAUAAUGUACAGGACAUUAUGACCUUGUGUCAAAAUGUUUAAAGGUGCAGUGUGUAGAAUUUAGUGGUAUCUAGCAGAGCAGACUUGGCAGAAAUGGAAUAUAAUAUUCAUAAAUAUGUUUAAAUAGGCGUAUAAUCAGAAGAAAAGACAAACCAAACACUAGCUCUAUGGGCUUUUCACGUUUAUGAGAGUUUUGUGGUCUCUGUAGGUUCUCCUACAUGCUUGGAAGGGGAGGGGGGUUCAAUUUGUUGCAAUCUGCAACUGCACUGUUUGAUGCCUCUAAAUCCUACACAUUGCACUUUGUGCAAGUAUUUCUUGCGCAUUUUUGCCUUUAUUAGAUAGAUACAACAGAGAAAGACAGAAAAUGAGGGAAGGUUAAUAUGCAACAAAGGUCCCAGCUGGACUCUAACCAGGGACAUUGUGGGGGGGCAGUGUCAAUAGGGGCCCACAGUUCUAGGGCACCCUUGCGGGGUAAUCUGGCCCUGGCAGUAAAGGAAUGUUUGUGGUGUCAUGUAUGGAAAGUGGGGAUCAUGAAUAUGUUAAGUACCAUGGCAGUCUACUACCAGAUAAUGACAAUCUUUUGUACAAAUGACAUAUUUGGCCUGUCAGUGACACCCAAGGAAUAGUUGUGUUGUCCUGAAGAAUCUGAUGUCCGGACAGCACAUGUGAACCAUGCUUCAGGAUUCACCUUUUUUUGACCAUGAAUAAUAGCCUUGUGGUUAUGAGGUAUGCAUCUUAGAGCACUAGGUCACUGUGAAACAAGUCUUCCAAUGUACAUGGCAAAACAGGUUGUCCAUGUCACUGCCUUCCAAAACAACCUAUAUGAGAGUUUUCUGAUUUGGCGCUGAACUUUGCCACUGACUUUCAAAAUACAUAUAAAAGUUAAAAAAGCUUUGGUUAAGUUUGAGGAACUAAAACUACUUGGUUAGGGUUAGGGAAAGAUUCUGGUCAUGGUUUAAAAGGAACCAAUCCUGAAUCUUGAAUCUUUACUCUCCACAAUAAUUGCUUAAGAGAAUUUUGGAACCCAAAACAGGUUAAAAGUCCAAAAAGGUUGAGAAAGCCUGAUCUGUCCAAAUCAUACAUGUUCAUGUCAUAUACAUAUUUCCGUCAAAUGUUAAUUCUGAUUUAUUAACAUGAGAUUGAUAUGUUUUUCUGAUUAAUUAGAUGAGGACAUUCUUAUGCCGCUUUCUCCAUGAAACUUAAAUACUGUACUUUCAGACCAUGUUGUUUAGCACAAGAAUAUCAUGUUAGCUCAAAACAAUUUAAAAAUUAUUCUUAGUUUCCAAGUGAGAUCUCCUGCUGCUGAUGUUCUGUCAUUAUUGUUUUCUCAUGUGAAAUUAGUGUUGAGAAUGGAGUUACCAUGGAGUCACUUAGCAGGAAAGAAAUCUUCCUUUCUUUUAUCAGAGAGGUGUUGUUAUAUACAGUGUUCUAAUUCUUAGAAUACUAAAUGUAUUCUGUUUUCUACUGAGCUUUACUUUGAUCCAAAAAAACAUGUUCAAGAAAGGACAUUAAAUGA